AUAUACUCCUAUAUAUAAAUUAUAUAUUCAUGUCAUUAUACUCAAACGAACAAGAGAUACCAGUAACAUGUACACCGAUAUUUGAAGGGCAUUUAUAUGUUCGAACAGAAAAAAAGGAAUGGAAGUGGAGAUUAUUUCGAUUUGAUGGCUCAACUUUUACUUGCUUAUCAACAAAGAAGCAACCUAAUAGUCCAACUGUCAAUAAUCCACUUUAUACAACACCAAAACGAUUGACAGAUGAAUCGAUUCCCAAUAUAAAAUACUUUCAAUUGCCUGAAUGGACCGUCGAUCUUUCGACUAUUUGUUCUAUUUCACUUUUAAGGAAAUCAAAAAGACCACCAAAAUGCUUUUCAAUUCAAACCAUUUUUAAUAAGCGAUAUGUCUUGAAAGCAUCGAAACAAAAGGAUUUGGAAAGAUGGUUAUUUGUAUUAACCAAAAUGUGGACAUUCACUCAACAACAACGGCAACAAGAAGAGCCAAAAGUACAACCUAUGCUAAAACCAAUGCUGUCUAGAGAAAAAGUUCAAGUUAUUGAAGAAUGGCGAAGGUCAUUAGCUGAACUGAUGGCACAAGAUCCAAAUAUCAAAAAGACUGUUGCACCACCACCUAUCGAACCCAUGCCUGAAGAUGAUAAUUUGAGUAUAUUUACAGACAUGACAAGUAUCAGUCAUAGACGACCCAACAAGAAAGUGAUCAAAAGACCAAGUACUAGACGAGCAAAGAUUAUGCCAAAGGAGAUGCCUUUAGUCACAGAGGCUAACCUGAUAUUAAAGAAAAAGGGAUUGGAUGAUGCUGGUCUCUGGAUGAGUAAUAACCUAUUCAACUACUUUCAACAGGAAAAGAGCGAAGACUUGUCUUCAUUUGAUAACAAUAAUAACGCAGUCUUUGUUGAAAAAGUGAAAUAUUACAACCUUGAAAGUGGAAAAAAACUUAUAAUUCAAUCCCAGUCAAAUUAUCUAAAUUAUGCAAAACGAGAAGAAGAGGAAGAUGAAGAUAUCAGUUUGGCUGAACUAUUACAUAAACUAAAUCUAACAAAGCAACCUUCUGUCAAAAAAUGCUCUUCCUUUGUUGCUCCUGCAAUACCACCUUAUAAAGUGUCAAAUUAUCAUUAAACAACAUUAGUCACAUAUAUUGUUUUCUUUUUUUUUUCUUUUCUUCUU